GCGUAUUGGUGUAGUUGCUAAAACCCAAAGUAAUUAAAAAUCAAUAAAGAAAGAGAAGGAAGAAAAAAAAGAAGAAAUCAGCAAAAACAUAUAUAUUAUAUCAUGAGGCAUGCAGCAGGCAGCAGUGUGGUAUUAGGGUUCGUAAUAUUAUGCGUGGUGAUGGUGGUGGAUGCGGACACGAGCCCUAGCCAGUGCAAGCAGGAGAACAACAUUCUGAUUAGUGCAUGCAAGCCAGUUUUCAUGGGGCAGAAGGCUUCUGCGUACUGCUGCCAACGCUUUAGGAUUAUGCACUUCGAGUGCGUCUGCCCUCUCGUUACUCCCAAGCUCACUAAUUUGAUCAACGUCCAGCAUACCAUUCAGCAGAUUCGAGCUUGCGGAAAGCGUGUCCCUCACAACUUCAAGUGUGGCAGUAUCACCACUUCAUAGAAGACAGCGGUCGAUCCUAUCAGAAUCAGUAUAUAUAGUUAUAUUUAAUACAAUAAUAUGAAUUACAUACUUUGAAGUUGAAUUCAUGUACUGGUGAGCACAUGAGUGUUGCAGGAGAGGAAGAAAGGAUGCGAAAAUUGUAUUAUUUAGUAUCCAUAAAUAAGUGGAACUAAAAAAUUUCAUUUUUAUUG